AUGAAUCUCAACUUCACCUCCCCUCUACACCCGGCGUCUUCUCAGAGGCCCACGUCCUUCUUCAUCGAAGACAUCCUGCUGCACAAGCCCAAGCCACUAAGGGAGGUGGCCCCUGACCAUUUCGCCAGCUCUCUGGCCUCCCGGGUGCCUCUGCUAGACUAUGGCUACCCCCUCAUGCCCACACCCACCCUCCUGGCUCCUCAUCCCCAUCACCCUCUGCAUAAGGGAGAUCACCACCACCCUUAUUUCCUCACCACCUCGGGGAUGCCGGUCCCCGCGCUGUUCCCGCACCCCCAGCACACCGAGCUGCCGGGGAAGCACUGCCGUCGCCGCAAAGCUCGCACGGUUUUCUCGGACUCGCAGCUCUCCGGCCUGGAGAAGAGAUUCGAGAUCCAGCGGUACCUGUCCACGCCAGAGCGGGUGGAGCUGGCCACGGCCCUCAGUCUGUCCGAGACCCAGGUGAAAACGUGGUUCCAGAACCGGCGGAUGAAGCAUAAAAAGCAGCUGAGGAAAAGUCAAGAUGAGCCCAAAGCGCCCGAUGGGCCCGAGAGCCCUGAGGGGAGCCCCCGCGGCCCAGAGGCCGCGCCUUCCGAGGCUCGGCUAGGCCUGUCCGCCGGCCCCUUCCUGCUGACCGAGCCGGAGGACGAGGUGGACAUUGGGGACGAAGCGGAACUCGGCUCAGGGUCGCACAUGCUCUGA